AUGCGCAGAGCUACACCAGUCGUAGCUUUGGGACAACAUUAAACCACGAUGAGCUUCGCAGCCAUCUGCUGCAUUUCUAUACUCUCCUCUCUCUAACUACUCACCAACUUCCUUUUAUCUCUUCCUAAUUAUUCCCAAUUUCGUUUUUUUAUGAUCAUACACAACUACUUCAUGGCUGUAGCCGCCGCGUCUGAAUCCACAUUGCUUUAUCGAUCCGCUUUCGCCAGCGGUUCGAGUUCUUCCUUCGUCUUCCCUCGGCGUUCCUUGCUGAGAUUAUCCCCUAAAUUCGCCGCAAAAAAGCUUGUCUGCUGCUCCUGUUGUACGCCGCCGUACAACUCCCCAUUCCCGUUGUUCACUUGCAAUGAAAAAAGCCCUCUUUCUUUAAUUAAAACUAGUUGUUGUGCGAAUGAUGAUUCCAAUAGUCCGGCAGCGAGGGCAAUCGAUUUUUGUGAGGUUUUGGUGAGGAGAGGGUUGGGCAUUGCGGCUGCGGCCGCAAUUGGGGCGGUUGUUGUAUUAAACUGUCGGAGAGCAUUGGCUGCGGAAGGUGUUGUGGCUGCCGGUUUUGGAGUUUGGGAACGUAGUUUGUUGUCGGCGAGGAGUUCAUGGCCUAAGGUUUUGCAGGUUUUGACUGUUUUCAAGCAGCAGGGGUUGAUUCUUGCGUUGCUGUUGGGCCUCUCAGCAUUUUUCUCGAUGGCUGAGACCUCCAUUACAACACUUUGGCCUUGGAAGGUACGGGAGUUGGCUGAGAAAGAGUCAGAGAAUGGCGUGUUCAAAAUGCUACGGAAUGAUGUUACUCGAUUCCUGACGACAAUCCUCAUUGGCACCACAGUGGUCAAUAUUGGUGCUACAGCACUCGUAACUGACGCUGCAACUGAAAUAUUUGGCCAAGCUGGUGUUAGUGCAGCUACUGGGGUGAUGACGGUUGCUAUUCUGCUACUCACAGAAAUUACUCCAAAAAGCAUUGCUGUCCACAAUGCCACUGAGGUUGCUAGGUUUGUGGUCAGGCCAGUGGCAUGGCUGUCCCUCGUAUUGUAUCCUGUGGGGAGAGUUGUGACGUAUCUGUCAAUGGGAAUGCUAAAACUGCUAGGCUUAAAAGGAAAAAGCGAACCAUACGUAACUGAAGAUGAACUAAAAUUGAUGUUACGCGGAGCAGAGUUAAGUGGUGCAAUCGAAGAAGAAGAGCAGGAUAUGAUUGAAAAUGUGUUGGAAAUAAAGGAUACCCAUGUGAGGGAGGUGAUGACACCUCUUGUUGAUGUUGUUGCCAUAGAUGACAGUGCAACACUUGUUGAUUUCCACAAUCAAUGGGUAGAUCAUCAGUAUUCUAGGGUGCCUGUCUUUGAGGAGCGAAUUGACAACAUUGUUGGUAUUGCAUAUGCAAUGGAUCUCCUGGAUUACGUGCAGAAGGGGGAGCUGCUAGAAACUUCUAAAGUUGGAGAUAUGGCCCACAAACCUGCAUACUUUGUUCCUGAUUCAAUGUCUGUUUGGAAUCUUCUUAGAGAGUUCCGCAUCAGGAAGGUGCACAUGGCUGUUGUUCUAAAUGAAUAUGGUGGAACUGUUGGAAUAGUGACCCUUGAAGAUGUAGUUGAAGAAAUUGUUGGUGAGAUUUUUGAUGAAAAUGACUCAAAGGAGGAAAUCCAGAAGAAGACUGGGUACGUUGUCAUGCGUGCUGAAGGCAUAUACGAUGUGGAUGCUAAUACGUCAAUAGAUCAGCUCUCUGAAGAUCUUAACAUUAAAAUGCCAGAGGGUCAUCAGUAUGAAACAGUUUCAGGUUUUAUCUGUGAGGCAUUCGGAUAUAUCCCGAGAACAGGUGAAACAAUAAAAGUAGUCCUUGAAACAGAAAAUCAAGAGGACCAUGUUGACUAUGAUGAGCCCGAGUCUGACCACCAAGAAGAGAACGACAAAACUCAAAUAUUUAAGCUUGAGAUACUAGCAGGGAAUGCUAGAAAAGUAAGUGCUGUGCGUUUUGAACGAAUAAACAGUGAAGAGGUGGCACCGGAGAACAGAGGUGUAACCCGUUUAAUAUCCAAAAUUUGGAGGAGAAGAUCUAUGAGCGAUGACGAAUCAGAUAGGACAGAGGAUCAUGAGGUCCCAGUUCACGAUAUGUCAAAUGACUGUGUAAUGUCUGUACAGGAAGACGAUGCUGAGCAAGUAAGUAAAAAGUAGUCGUCUUCAUGAAAAAACGGGAAUUGAAGUAACUAGGGAGUUAUGCUGGAUAAACGCAUAGGAGAGACAGAUGGCCAUUUAACUCUGAGACUAGAGAAUUUUUUAUAUGGUCUGAGUUUUAUUUAGGGAUAUCUGUUUGGCUGUAUGUCCAAGAAAUGUAAUACUAUUCCCUCUCCAAAAUGUCAUUACUGCCAGCUGAUGUAGAGUUUGAUAGAGGUUGAUUGUUUGGUAACAUUGCGACUUUGUUGAAAUUAUUUGAGAAAUUGGAGGUGGAAUAUUUGUCCUAGUCUGUGAGUUGGAAGAAACAGAAACAGCUCAAGGCCUGAUAUGUUGUAAUUAUUUUUCUCAGCUAGUUGAGGUUAAUACUUGGCUGAUUUGGAGUU